UUGUUUCUUUUUAUAUAUACUAAUUAAUGAAAUACAAUUAAUUUGCAAAUAAUAAUUAAAUUGACUCUAGAGUGCUACUGUAGAUGAAUUUUCACUCAGCUACUAUAAUUCCAGAGUUUAGUACUACUUUUAUCAUUAAAAUAAUGAUUAAAAUUUUUUAAAUACAUAAAUUAAAAUAGUAGUAAUUUUAUCAUUCUAACAUCUUAUGCAACAUAUAUGUUGUAAAGGCAGAAAAGAAAUGUAAAAAAGUUCUCAAAAAUGUAAAAGAAAUUUAUGUGAAUUUUAAUGUUAAAUAAUUAUGAAAGUACUCUUUUUUUUUUAUUGUAUUAGCUUGUAUACACGUGCACAUAUUUUUGUCAUAUUAAAAAAAUAUUGUAUGUAUCUUCUUUUCUACUUUUCUUCCAUGUUUAUUCAAUCAUGUCACACUAUUGCACCAAUGUAACAUUACACUCAAGCAUUACUACAUUACUACAUUACUAAGCAAACAUAAACAGUAUUAGUCAUAUUAUUUGAUGAAUGCGUGUAUUAAAUGCAUCGUAGCAAAUUGUAUGCCCUACAAGUAUAUUAAUAUAUCCAUUAUAUUUCUGUCACCAUGUUAUGGGUAACGUGCGCGCGCGCGCGCGUGCGUACGUAUGCAUUCGUUGGUUUCGGUCAUUAUUACUGUAAUCGAUACAUUAUUAAAUCUACGUCAGCAUUACGAUGAUAACAACACGGUUUGCCUUUGUGAAUGCAUGAUAAUAACCAUAAUAACCACUUUAUUAUUAUGGCAAUCUCAUUUGCUGACACGUAAAAUUAACCUAACGUAUUAUUGGUAUUACACGCGCGCGCGUACGGUACGUAUGUGGCUCUGUACUGCGAGUGGCGUACGCACGACGCGAGAGACUACUUUCCGAAAAUUUAAUUACGUUAAUGCGCUGGAACAUUCAAUAAAAAUUGUACCGGAAACGGCGGGUUGUGUUACAAGAGAAUAUACUUCGAUUUUGAAAGCUUCUCUGGGAUAUUGAGAGCAUCAUGACUAGCACAUUUGAAAGGGACCCUAAGAAGAGAAGAGUAAAACCAGUGGAAUCGGCGCAGCAGUCUUUACUUGAUUUUGAUCUUGGUGAGAGUUCAGAUGACAGUGAUUUCAGGAUUGAGGAUCAUUGCGAAGAAUCGGAUGAUGAUUCCGUGGAUUCUAAUGGGAAAGAAGAUGCAUCUGAAGAAUCCGAUGAUUCAUUGGAAGAUCCAUUAUUGAGAGGAAAAAAUGGUACAAACCUAACUGUAGGAGAUGUAAUUGAACAAGCUCGCCAACAAGCUUUGAAGGGUGCUCCUCUCGAUGAUAAAUUAAAUAAAGUAUUAAUUUGCUGUGGCUGCUUAGGAGACAGGAGUGACGAUAUAAACGAGAUCGUCGAAUGCGAUGGUUGUGGAGUCAGUGUUCACGAAGGUUGUUAUGGUGUAUCUGAUGUGGAAAGUUUCUCCAGCACCGACUCUUUGUGUCAAUCAGCACCCUGGUUCUGCGAAGCUUGUAGCGCAGGAAUUGAUGAUCCAUCCUGCGAGCUUUGUCCUAACAAGGGUGGAAUUUUUAAAGAGACGGACGUUGGAAAAUGGGUUCAUUUAGUAUGUGCUCUUUAUGUGCCCGGCGUUGCUUUCGGCGAGGUUGAUCGCUUGUCGAGCGUAACACUAUUCGAAAUGGCGUACAGUAAGUGGGGUGCAAAAACAUGUUCUUUAUGUGAGGAUUCGUGUUACGCGCGCACAGGCGUCUGUAUCGAAUGCGAUGCUGGGAUGUGUCAUACAUAUUUUCAUGUUACUUGUGCGCAAAGAGAAGGUUUAUUAUCCGAAGCACACAGUGAGGAAGUUGAUCAAGCUGAUCCAUUCUAUGCACAUUGCAAAUUGCAUUCCGAUAAAUCUCUCGUUCGUAGACGUAGACGUAAUUGGCUGGCCUUACAAAUGCGCGCACAGUAUCGGCAACAGAUGUUGAAGCAACCGAAUCAUUUAGAUACGGACGAACAACGUAGGAUUCAAAGAAAAUUAUCCAAACACAGACAUAAGUAUUUAGCUCAUAAGGCGUCGCGUCCACCGCCAUGGGUACCUACGCAAAAAAUGCCACGUUUAUUAACUACGUCUGCGUCCGCUUGCCGUCAAUUGGCAAAAAAGGCUGAAUUGAUGGGCGUAGAUACAGCUGCACUGGAAGCACAAGAGUCUCAACUAGUGGCAUUAGUUGAUGUUAGAAAAAAAUGGCAUAUUGCUCCUGCUUUCAGUGUAGAAUUUAUUGGUUAUUACUUGGAUCGUAACUUACGCGUGACGUCAAUGAAGAGGCGGCUGCAAGAACUUCUUGACAUUAAUUCGCAGUUAUUGAAUGAACAACAGAGACUGGAUAAAAAGUAUGAUGAGGUGAUGAAGGAUAAUGAAGAGCAGAUUAGAGUGAAUGUAACGCUGAAAGAAAAGAUCGAGUUGUAUCAUCAAGUACUUAAAAAUGCCGGUUUCGUGAAGCCUUUGCCAUCAAUCGCCGAUUUGGUGAAACCAAGAAUAACACCCACGCUUGGUACAGGAUUAGGCGUGCCUACGGCUGCUGCUUUGAAGAUGGGUGUUGGAUUUCCACUUCCCGUGGGCAAAGGCGCCGAGGGUAUACGCGAGGGUAGAGUGUUGAGUAGUCAAGCACAAGAACAAAAUCACAAAAACGAACUGACAACCUUACGACAUCAAUGUGGCAUCUGCAGGCGAUCGACUAAUCAACAUCUUCUUGCUAAAUGUGACACAUGCCAUUUGCAUUAUCAUCUAUCUUGUUUGAGUCCGCCUUUAACGCGAAUGCCUAAGAAAACAAGACAGAUGGGUUGGCAAUGUUCUGAGUGCGAUAAAGAAUCCUCGGGAUCGGAAGUGGAACGUGUGGACACAUCGGCACCACGCAAAUUGAGACAUUGUAAGGAUGAAGCUAAUUCGACACCUACACCGCCACAAGAAGUGCAAGCAACCAUGACACCAAGCACGCCUAUCGCAUCAAAAAAUUCUAUCAGUAAUGUAUCGAACGUUACCAGUCCCGACACGCACACAACACCAAAGCUAACUAUUAAGCCAAUGGGACCACAACCAUCCGUAGAACCUACACAAGUAUCUGAAUCGAUCUAUAAUCAGCAAUCUGUUAAUAAUAUCACCAUAAGAGAAGGUUCACCAGAAUAUAUGGUAGCUUCUACGGAUGGAACAGAAGUGAUUUCUCAAAGAAGUGGAAAGAAAAGAAGAAGAGAAAAGCAUAAGAGAUAUUCUCCAGAUCCGAUAACUGGAAUUAAACAGAGAAAAAGGAAACAUAAAAGAAAAAGUUUAGAUGUAGAAAAUCCAGAAGUUCAAGGCCAACCAGAAGUUCACAGAAGGAUCACAAUAAAAAUAAAACCAAUCCGUCGUCCGGAAGGACACACAGACUCUGAAUCGAGUCCACAAAUGUUCGUGGCAACUUCAAGUACUGAAAUUACAUUGCCGCCGCCACCUGUGCCGCCUCCAGCUGCAAAUAUGCCCCCAGUGAAUGUACCCGUGAAUAGCAGUGGACGACUGUCGACGGGAACGAAAAAGGGAAAAGAUACAGACCUUAUGACGCAGUGUAACGUCUGUGAUACUCCCGGCACCAACCAAAAUCUUGUUAUGUGCGACGAAUGUAAGAAAUGCUAUCACUUUACGUGCUUAGAUCCUCCAGUGAAAAAGUCUCCGAAAAGGAGAGGCUAUUCGUGGCACUGUGCCGACUGCGACCCUAGUGCCUCUGAAACUGAGACUUAA